UCAAAAGCACGGCUUCGUUUGAGCUUUUCAGACCAAGCGCCUCGAAAUCGACUAUAAGGGUCUCAGUCUCUGCACGAUGUAUGCUACCAAACAACCUCAACUUACAGCGGCGGCCUGGCCUCGACCUAAUAAACCCCCCUACUUUUCUCCUUUGCAUCGUUUCAGCAAGCAUUCCACUUCAUAUUGAAUCAAUAAAAUGCCUGGCUCUGAACCCCCAGAAUAUGUCCUUUGGCCCUACCGCCCCUCCAUUGCGGGCGGAGUCAUUGCAUGCAUCGUCUUCGCUAUCCUGACCAUCAUCCACAUCUAUCGUCUCAUUCGCAAUCGGACAUGGUUCUGCAUACCUUUUGUUGUUGGCGCCUUGUUCGAAGCCAUCGGAUACGCCGCCCGCGCGAAAGCCCAUUCCGACACGACAAGCAAGAACCCCUACAUCAUUCAAUCGAUGCUCAUUCUUCUCGCCCCUAUCCUCUUCGCCGCCUCCAUCUACAUGAUACUCGGUCGCCUAAUCGUACGCACCGACAGCGUACGCCUAUCCAUCGUCCGCGCGAACUGGCUUACAAAGAUCUUCGUCGGUGGUGACAUACUUUGUUUCUGUAUUCAGGGUGGUGGUGCCGGACUCUUGAUCAAGGCAAAGGACGAAGAUGGCUUCAAGAUGGGCGAAAACACCAUUCUGGGAGGAUUGAUCUUGCAAAUUCUUAUCUUUGCAUUCUUCGUCGUGGUAGCGAACAUCUGGCAUAGGAGACUCAAUGCUGUGCCUACGGCUGCUUCUGCCCAGAUCCCGUGGGGGAAGUACAUCUGGAUUCUCUAUGCGUCGAGCGUAUUCAUCACGAUCCGAAACUUCUGUCGUGUCAUUGAGUAUGCGAUGGGCAAGGACGGAUAUCUACUCUCGAAUGAGUGGCCUCUGUAUCUCUACGACUCUUUACCGAUGAUGCUGACGCUCGUUGUGUGCAUCACAUGGUAUGACCCGAACAUCAAGCCGGGAAAAAUGGCAGACCAUGAAUAUGGUAUGUGGUGACGACGGUCUACACCGGAGCAAGCGGUACGUCGAGACGUGUAUGAAGAGUCAUUGCUGGAACUGUACAUUAGAUAACAUUGAGCGAAUUCUUCAAUCUGGAGUUGUACACAUGGGUGUAGGUCAAUUAUAAGGCAUAGAACAAUGGACGCGGAACACGAUAAUAGUGG